CAGGUGGACAAGAUCUGGUCCCUCAUACCCAUCUUCUACAUAUGGCACUUUGCCCUGCACGACAAGCUGUCCCACGCCAGCGUGCCGCUCAACCCCCGCCUGGCAAUCAUGGCAGCGCUGAUCACGGUGUGGGGCACGCGCCUCACCUUCAACUUUGCCAGGAAGGGCGGGUACCGCUGGAGCGCGGAGGACUACAGGCAAGCAUCAGCAUCGCCACAUGCAAGCAGGCCCGCUGCUGGGAGACCUGCGGAACUGCCAUGUGAGAGGUGGCCCUUCAUCCGCCAGAAGGUCAACGCCCUGGCGUUCUUCCUCUUCAACCUCACCUUCAUCGCCCUCUACCAGAACCUGCUGCUGCUGUCGCUGGUAGCGCCCGCCUAUCUGGCCUGGCAGAACGUGGGCGCGCCGCUGAACGCGAUCGACGCGGCGGCCGCCGCCCUGUGCGUUUUCUUCAUCGCCUAUGAGAGCGUGGCCGACCAGCAGCAGUGGCGCUUCCAGAGCACGAAGCAUGCCAAGCUGGCGGCGGGCAAGCGGCUGACGGCGGAGGAGUCCAAGGGCUUCCUCACUUCUGGCCUCUUCCGCCUCAGCCGCCACCCCAACUUCUGGGCUGAGCAGUCGCUGUGGUGCUCCAUGUACCUGUUUGGCGUGGCUGCAAGCGGCCGUUGGUUGAACUGGACCAUUGCUGCCCCCAUCCAGCUCAUCCUGCUGUUCCAGGGCAGCACCUGGCUGACCGAGAAGCUGUCCGCGGCCAAGUACCCCAGGUAUGCCGACUACCAGGCCGCCACCUCCUGCUUCAUCCCCUGGUUCCCCUCCAGCCCAAAGGCCCAGCCCCGCGCUCGCCGCCUGAGCGCAAGCCAGAAAGCGCCGACGGGUGCCGCC